UCGGUACUAAUUUUACAUUUUAAAGGAAAUUGUUGCCAUGAGUGGUGGUGGAGAAAUUUUGUGUAGGCUUUGCCUUAAAACUGUAACUGAUAAAAGUUUUGAAGUAAUAGACGACGCUACUAGAGACAUUCUACAUUUUCUUUUGUUGAAAUUGAAAUUGGAUGAUGACACUAAAGAGGUUAUAUGUAACGCUUGCAGAAGAAAAUUAUAUGCAGCAUCAGAAUUUAAGUCAAAAUGUCUGAAUACCAGUAACACAAUUAUUCCAUAUGUGGAUAGCGAAAAAAUGGUACAGCUCCACUUAGAAGAACUUUACAUGAAGGAAAAGAAAAGCGAGUUAUUUGAUAUUUCAGAUAGUCAGAAAAUAUGUCGAUUGUGCAUGCAGCCAGCAGAGAAUAAGUUUAGGUACAUACAUGAAGAGGAACUUGAAGCUAUUCAGAAAUUGGCUCCUGAAAUGAUUGGAAGUAUCAUCAAAGAUCACAUUUUAUGUAAGACGUGCUGUGAUUCUCUGUUUACCCACAACAGUUUCCUACAACAUUGCAUGGAAAUAGAAGACAAAAUUUAUGAUAAUUCAAACCCAGGAAGAUCAAAAGAUAUAUCGUCAUGUUAUUUAUUUGUUAAAACUGAAAACUUGCACAAAGAAUUUGAUAUUAACAAAAUGGAAUUGUCAAUUAAGGAAGAAUAUGUUGAUAUAAAAUCAGAAGAUAAAGAAAAGAGCGACACGCUACUGCUGAACUCCCAUAUUGGACUAUACGAUAAGAGCGAUUGUAACCAUGAGAAUGGACCAGCAAACAAAUGUAAUACGAGAGUCAAGCAGGAGUGCAAAGUAUUGUACAAAUGUGAUAAAUGUAUUUACGAAACUGACAGCAAGAGCUGUUUCAUGGCACACCGUGCAAGACACAAAAAUGGUUCCGAAAUGUAUAAGUGUAAUGACUAUGACUACGAAACGAAAUACAAGAAAAAUAUCAAAAGGCACCAACUGAAGCAUAAUGAUCCUUCACGGCUUCAAAUGUACAGGUGUAGUGACUGUGAUUACGAAACUAAAAUAGGGAGUAAUUUCAAACAGCAUCAGCUGCAACAUAAAAACCCCUGGCAGGAACAAAUCUAUAAGUGUAAUGACUGUGAUUACGAAACUAAAUACAAGAAAGAUAUUGAAAAGCACCAACUGAAGCAUAAUGACCCUUUACAUGUUCAAAUAUACAGGUGUGAUGACUGUGAUUUCAAAACCGUAUACAAGAAGAAUAUCAAACGGCACCAAAUGAAACAUAAAGAUCCAUCACAGAUCCAAAUUUACAGAUGUAAUGACUGUGAAUACGAAACUAAAUACAAGGGAGAUAUCAAAGAGCACCAACUGAAGCAUAAUGAUCCUUCAGAAGUUCAAGUAUACAGGUGUAAUGAUUGCGAUUUCAAAACAAUAUACAAGAAGAAUGUCAAACGACACCAACUGAAACAUAAAGAUCCUUCGCAAGUUCAAAUUUACGGAUGUAAUGACUGUGAAUACGAAACUAAACACAAGGAAGAUAUCAAAAAGCACCAACUGAAGCAUGGUGAUCCUUCACAGCUUCAAACGUACAAGUGUAACGACUGCGAUUUCAAAACUAAAUACACGAGGAAUAUGAAACGGCAUCAACUGAAACAUAAAUAUACUUCCCAGGUCCAAAUGUACAGGUGUAACGACUGUGAUUACAAAACUAAGUACAGGAAAGUUAUCAAAAAACACCAACUGAAGCAUAAUGAUCCUUCGCAAGUUCAAAUGUACAAGUGUAACGACUACGAUUACCAAACUGAAUACAAGGGGUUACAUGAAACGGCACCAACUGAAACAUAA